CGUUACUGUUUGAAUUGGGCUGGAGACGUUGACACGUGUUGGUUUAUUAGACAAAACUGAGAGACGGGGUAAGCAGUAUGGCAAAUUUUAAUUGGCCGGGGCGUGGCAGAGGAGGGCUGCUCCCCACAGAGGAACCAGAGCCAAGUCCUGGACGUGGCAGGGGUUUGCUGGGUUCUGCUUUCAUCCCACCGCCACGUGGUGUUGGUGACGCGAGAUUUGGACGGGCCAGAGGCCUGUUCAUGCAAACGGAAGACGGCAGCGUGGGCAGAGCCCGUGGACUCUUUCUCCCUCCUCCACAGCCGGUGAUGGGUGUCGGAAGGGGCGCAGCGCUGGUCUCUCAAGGUCUGCCACAGAGUCCAGCACAAGAAGGUGAACCGGGACGUGAACUUGUGACAAAACGAAAAAACAAUUUAGCGCCACGGCAGGUGGAUGUGCCCGUACCUGGUCAUGAACCUUCACUGGUCUCAAUGUUUCGAGGAAUGGGAAUUGAGUCAACAAUGCCAUCAAGGGGAAGAGGACUCUUACCUGACAGAAGCGCAGCUGCCGAAGAGCCCAGUGGAGUGAAAAUGGAAGCAGCUGGACCGAGCGGCCCACCAGGAGAAGAGGAAGGAGCUCAAAGCAGCGUCCUCGGCCAUCCUCCCCACCGCAUGAUGGCAGGUCUUGGAAGAGCUGCAUUACCUCCACUCACAACAGUAGUCGGGCGUGCACUUCUUUCCGCCCGAUUUCGCAGCGAGCCUCCCACUCCAGAUCCAGCGCUGCCGACACCUAUCAACACUGGGACUUUAAACUCAGAUAAAGUUUCUCCUGUUUCUGGGCUUCCACUGAAGCCCAAGGUGUGUCCUGCUCCUGCUCCUGCGCCUGCUCAUCCUCAUCCUCAUCCUCAUCCUCAUCCUCAUCCUCAUCCUCAUCCUCCUGCUCCUGCUCCUGCUCCUGCUCCUGCUCCUGCUCCGGCUCAUCCUCAUCCUCCUGCACCUGCUCCUGCGCCUGCUGCUCCUGAAAAGAUGACAAGCAGGGAGGUGCAGAGUAAAAGUGCAUUUCAAGGAGAUUCUAUAGUCAUCGCAUCAAACCACAUCCCCGUCAUCUGCAAAAAUGAGGCUGUUUAUCAGUAUCAUGUCACAUUUCUCCCGAAUGUUGAGUCCAUGUCGAUGCGCUUUGGCAUGAUGAAGGACCACAGGGACACCACCGGAGAAGUUGUGGCUUUCGAUGGGUCUAUCCUCUACCUGCCUGUGAAGCUGAAUGAUGUGGUUUUAAAGAGUAUCCGAAGAACCGACAACCAGGAAAUAGAAAUCACAGUCCAGUUGACGAAGAUUUUGUCCCCCAACUCUGACCUCUGCAUCCCAUUUUACAAUGUGGUGUUAAGAAGGGUGAUGAAAACAAUUGGACUUAAACUAGUGGGGCAUAACCACUAUGAUCCUCAAGGUGCAGUGAUCAUUGAAAAACAGGGUAUGCAAGUGUGGCCUGGCUACUCCACUGCCAUUAAACCCACUGAAGGAGGCCUUUAUUUGUGCGUGGAUGUGACUCACAAAGUGCUGCGGAACGAGUCUGUGAUGGACGUCAUGAACCAGAUUUACCAGAACAACAGACAAAGCUUCAAAGACGAAUGUGUCAAGGAGUUUGUGGGCUGCAUUGUCAUCACACGCUACAACAAUCGAACCUACCGUGUUGACGGUAUUGAAUGGGCCAAAUCCCCCAAAGACACAUUUCAGCUCAUGGAUGGCUCCCAGAUCUCUUUUGUGGAGUACUAUAAGAAAAACUAUGGAAUUCAAAUCAGAGAAAUGGGCCAGCCUCUCUUGCUUCACAGGCCAAAGGAAAGAUCUAGGCCUGGAGGGAAGCAAAUCAUUACCGGAGAGAUUCUCCUGGUGCCAGAGCUCUCCUUCAUGACAGGAAUUCCAGAAAAAAUGAGGAAGGAUUUUCGUGCUAUGAAGGAGCUGACCCCACACAUCAACGUGAGUGGCAAUCAGCACAAUGAAUCAAUACAGCAGCUGCUGAAGAACAUUCAGAAGAGCCCCGAGAGCUUGUCGCAGCUAAAUGGAUGGGGGCUGGGUAUUGGAUCUCAGAUAGCUGUGAUCAACGCCAAAUCAUUGCCUCAGGAAAACAUCUGUCUCAAGUCUUCCUCCUUCCCCAUUGGUCCUGAUGCCUCCUGGUCUAGAGAGGUGGUCAGGGAGCCGUCAAUCAACACUAUUCCAUUGACUUGGUGGGCCAUCUUCUUCCCACGCCGCUGUGGGAAACAGGCGGAAGAGCUCCUCUCCACUUUUAACAAGGUGGGCGGCUGCAUGGGAAUGCGUCUGGAGAGGCCCAGCUGUGUGGAGCUUGCGGACGACCGGACAGAAAACUACAUCAAAAGCAUCCACUCCAGGCUCAUCAGUGAGCCCAACAUGCAGCUGGUGGUGUGCAUCAUGAUGGGGAACCGAGAUGACCUCUACAUCGCCAUCAAGAAGCUGUGUUGUGUGAGGAAUCCCAUCCCCUCCCAGGUGAUCAAUGUGCGGACAAUAAGCCAGCAGCAGAGGCUGAGAGGUAUCGCCCAGAAGAUUCUCCUGCAGAUAAACUGCAAGUUAGGAGGCGAGUUGUGGACUGUCAACGUGCCUCUGAAAAGCCUGAUGGUUGUUGGAGUAGAUGUCCAUCACGACACCAGCAAGUCCCACAGAUCUGUCAUGGGCUUUGUAGCAAGUGUCAACAGCUCCCAGACUCAGUGGUACUCCAGAGUCGCCUUCCAAGGGACCUCCGAGGAGCUGAUCAACAGCUUCAGAAUUUGUCUCCUGGCUGCACUGCAGAAGCACUACGAGAUGAAUCACAACCUGCCGCAGAAGAUAGUCAUUUAUCGGGACGGCGUGUCAGACGGCCAGCUGAAGGCGGUGGAGGAAUUUGAGAUCCCGCAGCUCAUCAAGUGCUUCGACAAGUUUCCCAGCUACGAGCCUCAGAUGGUGUUUGUUGUGGUGCAGAAGCGCAUCAGCACCACCCUCUAUUUAGGGCAGCACCAUGACUUUGCCGCUCCACCUCCAGGGACCAUCCUGGACCACACUCUGACCCGCAAAAACUGGGUGGAUUUCUUUCUGAUGGCUCAUCAUAUCCACCAGGGCUGUGGUCUUCCGACACACUACAUAGUGCUGUACAACACCACCAACCUCACUCCUCUCCACCUGCAGAGGCUGACAUUCAAGAUGUGCCAUUUGUACUGGAACUGGCCUGGCACCAUCCGAGUUCCAGCGCCCUGCAAAUAUGCCCACAAACUGGCCUUCCUGGCUGGAGAGUACCUCCACUCAGAGCCGGCCAUCCAGCUGUCGGACAGACUCUUCUUCCUAACCAACAGGUAAAACCCUAAAAAUGACAUGGCUGCUCACACUGAGGUUCAGCACAUCUGACAAGAGGCGAUUGGAUCAUGGAGAAGAACGUCGGCCGGACAGAGCUCAUCAACAGACACAGGGAUCAUCGCCUGGAGGUGUACUAGGUGACUCAGACUAUUACGACACUCGAUUAAAUCAAGUGCUUUCGGUCACUAUAAGGUCACUUUGGAUCCUUGUGCAACUCUUCAUUUUAUUUGAUGCUUCACUUGCAUAGAGAAGAAAUGGCCUCUCGGGAGACGGUCAUGUAAAGAGCGUUUAAAACUCUGAAGUACACGGGUCAUGA